AUGCUGUCCAUUACCCAGCAGGAAAGCGGGCUUACUGAAAUGCAGCAACAAGUAUCCGAAAUUGUCCAACAUGGAGUAAUUGACCCGAAUUUUAAAUUUACGGACUCAGAUUUUGAGAUCCUGUCGACACUUCGAUACGACCCUGGAUUCACGAACUCCAGGACAUCUGCCUCGAGACAUGCUCGGCCCGCUACAGGCUGGAAUGAGACUGGUAGCGUUGAUCCACAACUGACCGCUGUAGACCUUCACGAAUCUCUACGAGAAAAUGGCGAGAUGUCGCACGACGAGAACUCGCUGUUCCAAUUGAUAAAAGAAACCCAACGAGACGUCCAACCUAUAUCACCGCCCACAGAACUAGAUAAUGAAGAAACUACUGAAAGCUCAGAAUCAGAGCUGCUCAAAACAUUUUACAACCGCUUCUUGCUUCUGGGCGAACAAUUUAAGCGCUUGACGCUGGCACUAGACUAUUUCGGGUGGGAUCUUGAGAUUUCAAUUGACCUUUUACUCGAAAAAUUGAUUCUGGCGUUGCCGUGUCCCAUCGAAGCCGCCACCAAUCUACACACACGCAUGCAAAGCCUUUACACUGACGAGACGUGCUACAAAAUGAGAGUCUUGGUAUCCCAUACAGGUAAAAUGCGCAUUGAGGCACAUGAAUUACCGUCGAACCCUAAUCGUUUCUCGACCCCAUCUCAAUAUUUCCUCAACACGAUUCUGGGUGGGCUUUUAGAUAAAUCAAAUGACGCAGUUUGGGAUGUAUUCAUCGAUACACAGGCCAUGACUGCGUCUCCCUUCACAACAUUCAAAACCACACGCAGAGACCACUACAAUGCUGCGCGAUCGCGAAUGGAAGAAAUGCGUUCAACCAUUGUCAAUUCAGGAGCAAGGUCUGAAAUCCUAGUAUACAAUAAUGCGUUUGAAUUAAUGGAAGGUUCCAUUACCAGCGUUGCAGUACUGCAGGAAAAACCUGAGGCCGUGAGUUUUUUCUACCAAACCCCGUAUCUUUCAACGGGUUGUCUAUGUGGCGUUAUGAGAUACUACCUAGUAAGUAAGAACCUCAUAAACGAAGGACAGAUCGACGUCCGAGAUUUACGGGUUGGUGAUACCGUACUUUUGUUCAACGGCGUCAUGGGGUGCGUGAAGGGUGUUAUUCGUAACUCCUUGGAGUGA